AUGGGCAACAUCAAAGUCGAAAGCCGACCGAAAGGCGGCGCACCUUACUUCGAUGCAGCAUCAGCAACGAAAUUGGAGUCACUUCGAUGUAGCAACUCUUACAGCGCCUGCAUUAACUUGAGUUUAAUUUGCAUCUAUCUGGCAACAUUAAUCGUACUACUAAAUCAAACUAUCGUCGAGGCAACAAGUUGCGAUCAACAUGAUUCGAAUAGACCAGAUGAUGCAUACUCAACAUUGUUUGAUCCCGAUGAAAGCUUUAUAUUACCGAAAGAAGUCAUACCUCUCCAUUACGAUAUUUAUUUGUAUCCAAAGCUUAAAGAGGGUACAUUUUCCGGAAAGGUGACCAUUCUCAUUAAUGUCACACAGGACUACAACAAGAAAUUCAUAGCUCUCCAUCAAAAGAAUCUUAACGUCAAAUCUGCAAAAUUAAUAAUGUACGAUUUGAAUGAAGACUAUGAAAUUAAUAUUUCUUCCGUCAGCAAGCCUACUAAAUAUGAAAUAUUUAUCAUAACAACUGAAAACGAUAUUAAAUCUGGAUUAUAUAACUUGAGCCUAGAAUUUGACGGAAGUCUAAAAGACAAAAUAGACGGAUUUUAUUCCAGCACAUAUCAGUAUAUAAGUGAUGAAAUUAAUGAAAUCAGAUACAUUGGAACUACUCAGUUUCAGCCAACUUAUGCUAGAAAAGCUUUCCCGUGUUUCGAUGAACCCCAUUUCAAGGCAACAUUUUCGAUAAAACUAGUUUGUCCUAUGGAUGAUGGCUACCAUGUUUUGUCCAAUAUGAAUAUAAAAAAUACGCAGGAGCAUACACCAGAACGUAAUUUAGCAACAGUAACCUUUGCAAAAACUGUACGUAUGUCCACAUACCUAGUUGCUUUUAUUAUUAGUGACUUUGUCAGUACAAGUAAAAUGGUGAAGAACUUAGAUGGGCGAGAAUUUCCAAUUAGUGUUUAUACCACAAGACUUCAGUCAAAGGAGAACAGAGAUUUCGCAGUGGAUAUUGGCGUGAAAGCUUUCGAAUAUUAUAUAAACUUAUUCAAAAUUGAUUAUCCAUUACCAAAACUCGAUAUGGUUGGGAUUCCCGAUUUUAAGUCCGGUGCUAUGGAAAAUUGGGGCUUAGUGACUUACAGAGAAACACGGUUGAUUUAUAAUGACCGUAAUAACUCCAUUUAUGAUAAGCGCGCAGUAAUUAACGUAAUCUGCCACGAAAUAGCACACAUGUGGUUUGGAAAUCUCGUUACUGUAAAUUGGUGGAACGAUAUAUGGCUUAAUGAAGGUUUCGCUACAUUCAUGGCUUAUAAAUGUUCAGACGCGAUUGUACCAAACCAGGGAUAUAUGGAGGAAUUCCCUGUUCAAGUAAUGCAGAAUGUAUUUGUUUCCGAUUCAAAAUUAAGCUCUCAUCCUAUCAUUAAUAAUAUUCAAAAUACAGAUGAUAUUGCAUCAUUCUUUGAUGAUAUAUCUUAUCAAAAAGGUGCAUCUGUAAUCCGCAUGAUGGAAAAUUUCUUUGGAUCUGAUGUUUUCUUUAGUGCAAUUAAUACCUAUUUGAAUAAGUAUGCCUAUGAAAAUGCAGAGACCGAAAACCUCUUCGACGUUUUGCAAGAUGCCGUUGGAAACAAAUUAAACGUAACAGACGUAAUGGACACUUGGACUCGACAAGAAGGCUUCCCAGUUAUUAAUGUAAAAAAGUCUGCAAAUAAAUUUGUAUUAACCCAGAAACGAUUUUUGGACGAUCCAGAUGCCAAAUCUGAUCCUUCAAAAUCAAAUUAUGGAUAUCGAUGGACCAUACCCAUCACUUAUAUCACUAACAGAAACAAGAAACCUACUCUUGUAUGGUUUGACAGGAAUUCAAACAAAGUGGUGAUUAAGGUCAACAGACGUACCAAAUGGAUUAAAUUAAAUGCAGGUCAAGUUGGCUUUUAUCAAGUUAAUUACAAAAAGGAAUGGAAAACUUUCAAGGACCUGCUUCAUUCUCAUCACACGAGAAUAUCCUCAUUGGAUCGAGCGAAUCUUUUGAGUGACAUGUUUAGUUUAGCUGAUGCGGGGGAGAUUGAAUAUAACACUGUAAUGGAUAUAAGUGUAUAUCUUAUCAAGGAAAAUCACGCUCUUCCAUGGGCGGUUGCGAAAUCAAAAUUGAUGACAAUGUAUACUCUAUUAACUUCUUCAUCUGAACCAAAUAUUGCAGACAAAUUUCAGUCUUUCAUAUUAAUAUUGCUAGACACCGCUUACAAAAAUGUCAUUUGGAUUGAUAAUAUGACUGAAGUUAUGCCAUUAACACACAUGGACAGAACACUGCGAUCGAUGGUGAUCGAAUUGACUUGCGCAAUGGGUUCGCCUGACUGCCUGAAAAGAGUCGGAGAGCUUUUUAAGGAAUGGCUAAUAGAAGAUAAGCCGCAACAUCCUGAUAUUCGCGAAUUGAUUUAUUACUAUGGUAUGCGUUAUCAUUCAGAUGAGAAUGAUUGGAAUGUUAUGUUUGAAAAAUUUAAAGACGAGAUCGAUCCCAGUGAAAAGAAUAAAAUAAUGAUGGGGUUAGCAGGCAUAAACUCUACUAAGGUCCUACAGGAAUAUAUUUCCAGAGCAGUUGAUGAGAAAUAUGUUCGCACUCAAGAUUUCUUGAAUUGCUUGAUUGUGAUUUCCAGAAAUCCCGAUGGUACAUCGUUAGUAUGGGACUGGGUACGCGAAAACUGGGAAUUUUUGGUGAACAGAUACAGUCUAAAUGAUCGUUAUCUUGGUCAACUUAUACCAUCUAUUACACGUUCUUUCGCUACACAAAGUAGACUAGAUGAGAUAAAAGCCUUCUUCGAGAAAUAUUCUGAAGCUGGUGCCGGUGCUGCCAGUCGAGCCAGAACUCUCGAGAUAGUAUCAAAAAAUAUCAAAUGGAUCGCUAAAAAUGCUAAAAUAAUUGAUAAGUGGUUCUUAAAAAACUGGCCGAUUAAUAACUUCGUUGUAUGUCUCUCAAUAAUGGGCAACAACAAAGUCGAAAGCCGACCGAAAGGCGGCGCUCUUCGUCUCAAUUCAACACCAGCAAAGAUAUCGGAGCCACUUUGUAAUAACAAUACCAUUUCCGCUCUCCUCUGUUUUACCUGCGGUGCCUGCUUUAUCUUGAGUUUAAUCUGCACUUGUCUGGCAAUAUUAGUCGUUCUGCUGGACCAGACUGUCGAGGCAGCGAGCAACAGUCGACACAAUUCGAAUAGACCAGAGGCAUAUACAACAAUGUUUAAUCCCGAUGAAAACUUCAGAUUGCCAAAAGAAGUCGUACCUAUCCAUUAUGACCUGUACUUGCAUCCGAAGGUUAAAGAAGGCACAUUUUCCGGAAAGGUGACCAUCCUCAUUGAUGUUAAGCAAGACAACAACAGAACGUCCAUAGCUCUACAUCAAAAAGAUCUCAAUAUUACAUCUGUAAAAUUAAUAACGUACGGACUAGAUGAAGACUAUGAAAUUAAUAUUUCUUCCGUCAGCAAGCCUACUAAAUAUGAAAUAUUUAUCAUAACAACUGAAAACGAUAUUAAAUCCGGAUUAUAUAAUCUGAGCCUAGAAUUUGAUGGAAGUCUCAAGGACAAAAUAGUCGGAUUUUAUAAUAGCAAAUAUCAAUAUAAAAAUGAUAAAAUUAAAGAAACUAGGUACAUUGCGACUACCAAAUUUGAGCCAACUUAUGCUAGACAAGCUUUUCCAUGUUUCGAUGAACCCAAUUUUAAGGCGGAAUUUUCGAUAAAACUGGUUCAUCCUAUGAAUGACUGCUACAGUGCCUUAUCCAAUAUGAAUAUAAAGAGUACACAAUUACAUACACCGGAACAUGAUCUAGCAACAGUGACUUUCGCAAAAACUGUACCUAUGUCCACAUAUUUGGCUUGUUUUAUUAUCAGUGACUUUGUUGGCACAAGUAGAAUGGCAAACGGCUUAAAUGAUCGAAAAUUUCCGAUCACUGUCUAUACCACAAGACUGCAAUCGAAGGAGAAAAGAGAUUUUGCUUUGGAUAUUGGCGUGAAAGCUGUCGAAUAUUACAUAAACUUAUUCAAAAUUGAUUAUCCAUUACCAAAACUCGUCACCAUGAAGUGGUGGAAUGAUUUAUGGCUCAACGAAGGUUUUGCUACAUUCAUGGCAUCUAAAUGUUCAGAUGCGAUUCUACCAAAUCAGGGAUAUAUGGAAGCAUUUCCUGUUGAGGUAAUGCAGAAUGUCUUCGUUCCUGACUCAAAAUUGAGCUCUCAUCCUAUAGUUCAUAAUGUCCAAAAUGCAGAUGAUAUUACAUCAUUCUUUGAUGGAAUAUCUUAUAAAAAGGGAGCAUCUAUAAUCCGUAUGAUGGAAAAUUUUUUCGGAUCUGAUGUCUUCUUCAGUGCUAUUAGUACCUAUUUGAAUAAGUUUGCCUAUGAGAACGCAGAGACAGCUGAUCUCUUUGAGGUUUUACAAGAUGCGGUUGGAAACAAAUUAAAUGUAACAGCUAUAAUGGAUACUUGGACUCGACAAGAAGGCUUCCCUGUUAUUAAUGUGAAAAAGUUUGAAAACAAAUAUGUAUUAACCCAGAAACGAUUUUUAGACGAUCAAGAUGCCAAAUCCGAUCCUUCAAAAUCUACUUAUGGAUAUCGAUGGACCAUACCUAUUGUUUAUAUCACUAAUAGAAACGAAGUACCUACUCUUGUAUGGUUUGAUAAGGAUGCAAAUGAAGUGAUGAUCGAAGUCGACGAACGUACGAAGUGGUGUAAAUUAAAUGCUGGUCAAGUUGGUUUCUAUCGAAUUAAUUAUAACGAAGAAUGGGAAACAUUCAGUGAACUACUUCGGUCCCACCAUACGAGAAUAUCAAUGUUGGAUCGAGCAAAUCUUUUGGAUGAUAUGUUUAGUUUAGCUGAGGCCGGUGAGAUCGAAUACGAUACCGUGUUGAAUAUAAGUAUGUAUCUCACCGAGGAGUAUCAUUCUCUUCCAUGGGCGGUUGCAAAGUCGAAACUGAUAACGAUGUAUAUUCUGUUAACUUCCUCGACUGAGCCAUUUAUUGCGAACACGUUUAAGUACUUCGUCUCGAUAUUGGUAGACACCAUUUACAAGGAUGUAACUUGGGACGUUGAUGACACAAUUGAAGAAGACGUAUCGCACAUUGAUAAUAGAGUGCGACCAACAGUAAUUGAAUUGGCUUGUGCAAUGGGUUCAUCUGAAUGCUUGAAAAGAGCCGGAGAGCUUUUUAAGGAAUGGCUGAUAGAGGAGAAGCCGCAGCAUCCUGAUGUUCGCGAAUUGGUUUAUUACUAUGGUAUGCGCUAUCAUUCUGAUGCAAGCGAAUGGAGUAUCAUGUUUGAAAGAUUUAAAGACGAGACUGAUCCUGGCGAGAAAAAUAAAAUAAUGGCAGGAUUAGCAGGAAUAAAAUCCACCGACGUUUUAAAGGAGUAUAUUAUCAGAGCAACUGAUGAAAGAUUUGUCCGUGCUCAAGAUUUCUUGAAAUGCUUGAUUAUGAUUUCCAAAAAUCCCGACGGUACAUUGUUAGUAUGGGAUUGGGUGCGCGAGAACUGGGAAUUCUUAGUGAACAGAUACACGUUGAAUGAUCGAUAUCUUGGUGAUCUUAUACCAUCCAUUACAAGUUCCUUCGCUACACAAACGAAACUAGACGAGAUAAAAGCUUUCUUUGAAAAAUAUCCUGAAGCCGGUGCCGGUGCGGACGGUCGAGCUAAAACUCUCGAGACAGUCUCGAAGAAUAUCAGGUGGCUUGCUAAAAAUAUCAAAAAAUUUGAUAAAUGGUUUUCAGAAAACUGGCCAUUUAAUAAAACCCGUUAAACGUACCAACAAAAGUAUUUUGAUAUACAAGAUAGUUAAAAAGGAAGGAAGACUUAAUACACACCGAUUUUUAACAGUUAUGCAUGAAGACAACUUUUUUAAUUUUAAUACUCGAUGCAUCAACUGCUGAAAAUCAUG